AUGCACCAGCUGCGUUUAUCCAGGUCGGGAAAUAAGCAUGAAGAACGACCUGACCCCGAGCUGGGCAGGAGAAGACGGGCGGUUUGGGGAGCAUAUAAGAGCAUCGAGGAUGUAGUGAAGAAGACAGAGAACGUCCGGCUCCAUGCUCACCUUUUCAAUACCACAAUACUUCCUGCUUUGUCCUAUACUUCACAAACCUGGGCACUUCACAAGCAGGAAGAAAAUGCGGUGAGCCUCAUUGAACACGUAAUCAAAGGAGUGAUGCUAGGAGUAUUUCUCUUCACGCAAGCGAGGGACGAGCGUCGAAGUUCUAUCCAACCAAGGAAAGCAAAGUAA